AUGUAUCAGACAGGCCAGAUCAGAGGAGAAGAACUGGAUAUGAACUUGGAGGAGGAAGUGGGUGACUCUGUUAUUACAGUGCAGCUGACAGAGGAAGAUAAAAUUGAAGAUGAUGUAGUUUUUUACUUGGUCUUCACUGGGUCAACUGUCCAACACUGCACAAGCACAAGAAAGAUUAAUCCUGGGAGUCUCGAGACAAUUUCUCCUGGCCAUGACUGCUGUGAGACAGUGAAGGUGGCACUUUGUGCCUCUAGAGAAGGUCAUCCCGUUUUGGUUGUGGCAGAAGAGACUUUCCAGUUUGUCCAGGAUGAAGCCUACGAUGCUGCCCAGUUUUUGGCCACCUGUGCAGGCAAUCAGCAGGCGCUAAACUUCACCCGGUUCCUGGACCGGUCAAGACCACCUGCUGCUGACGUGGACUUUUUGGAUGAGAAAGUGGCUUUGGCAUUUCGACACCUGAAACUGCCGGCGGAAUGGAACGUGCUGGGAGCAGACCAGUCCCUGACCGAGAACAUCCCUCGGGAGACUCUGAUGCAUUUUGCGGUGAGGCUAGGUCUGCUGCGGCUGACAUGGUUUCUGCUCCAGCAGCCAGGUGGAAGAGGAGCUCUCAGCAUCCACAACAACGAAGGGGCAACGCCGGUGAGCUUGGCCUUGGAGAGGGGCUACCAGAAGCUGCACCAGCUUUUGACCGAGUAA